AUGCUUUAUCUAGCGGAAACAACGAUGAACAUUGUUUCUGCGGUCCUAACUCUGAAACCACUGCCCCUGGGACCCAACACCCUUGGUCUCCCGGGAUGCUCAUAUUCGCACCAAUCGUCUGAUUCGGAGAUGCUCAAGCUAGCACUCGGUUCCUGGAGCCUCGUCGCGGCCGUAACCUUCAUCUACUUCAUGCUUACGCUCGUCAAUUUUAUCAACGCCAUGUACCCUAGGGGAUUGAGUGGUCAAUCCCUGAGCGUCUCCAGCAUCCCUAAGCUUGCGCCCAUCCUGUAUCUUUUCGUACGAGAUGGAACCAUUUACUUCUUCAUAAUAUUUGUCGCGGCAUUACUGACGAUAACACUGACGGCAAUAUUCCCAAGUCGAGCAAUCAGCGCGAUGGGUUAUUUAUGGAUGACGGUCACAUAUUCCAUCAUGUCAGCGAGGCUCUACCUCAAUCUAAGAGGGGCAAUGGUGGGGAGUACGACCGUUGGAGGGCCGGAUUCCAUGGAACUGCAGAUUCCACAGAGCCGUACGGAGAUUAGCAACCUUGCAUUUGCCCCAGACGUCUCUACUUCAGUCUCUACAGCUUCGGAAUACUGGGGCAUGCCGCUGCCGGACGAGCGACCGCGCCAGAGCGUUGCUAAUCUCAUAGGGCGCUUUGAGCAGCAGACAAAGCGCCAGUCGGUAGCGCCGGCUGUACCCAGGAGUUCAAGUGUUCAGUCGCAGAACACAGGCGACUCGGCGAUUGCUGAGAUUAAGGAGAAGAGGGAAUGGCCGCCGAAAUCGACUGUUAAGGAGUCAACGUCUCCACCGGCAUCAGUGAACGCGGUGCGUUCGCCCCCCAAGAGUCCAGAAAUUCUCAACGGAUCUCCGCCAUCUGUCCCCUUGCCGGUGUCGCCCCCACAGAAUACUACUGCACCUGCUGCUAAGCCAGCGGAGAAGAAGCCGGCUACCAGCGGUAGACCGAGCACUGCGCCAUCCACCUCGAGGACUCCAGUCAAGUCUAAUAAAGCGCCAGAGGCCAAACCAGCAGCUACUGCCACGAAGGCCCCUCCCCGGACAUCAGUACGCUCUCCCCCUCCAUCGUCCCAUCGUCCUCUCCAGCCGCAGCACACCGGCUCCUCUGCGACUGCGAGGCCUCCGCGUACUCCAUCCCGCACAGGAAAUAAUGCGCGUCCGAAGACUCCUUCCGCGCCUCCGAGCACCCGGCCGAAGACGCCCUCAGCCAGCUCCGGGUUAUACGCGCCCACCGCUGCAUCUCUGGCCAAAGCAAAGAGCGCUUCGGAUAUACCCAAGUCUCCGCCUACCAAGAAGGCUGCGUCAGCAAGUGCUGCUGCAGAUAGGCUGAGCAAACCUACUGCGUCUUCAGUUGCGAAGGCUAGGGCUGCUGCGGCUACUGUCACGAGCCCGCCUAGGAAGGCAGCGGCUCCUGCAAGAGGUGCUGCACCGGCUCCCAGAGGUGCUACGAAGAUGAGGGUUGGACUUGCUCCUGCAAGGGAGAAGGCGAAGAAGGAGAAGGCUGCUGGCGAGGCAACUGCGGCUGCAACUGCAGCUACAGCUACAGCGGCCGUGGUUGCAGAGCAAGCUGCGGUCGAGAAUCCCCAGAAUGGGGAUCAAGUCGAAGAUCAUCAGGAUCUCUCUGGUUCUACCGCAGCUGAAGAACUCGUUGAAAUAAACCACGAAGCGGCUGAGGAGCAUGAGGAGCAGUCUCACCAGGACCAACUUCCUGACGAGGAUGUUGCAACCGAAGCUCCAGCUCCCGAACAUGUCGAGGCUACUGGGGUUGAACGUCAGGAGGAGUCGAACGAUGCUACGGAUGACACCCAUGUCGACGAGACUGAACAGCCCGCACUAGACGCUGCUGAACAGGUUCACGAGGCUGAUCCUGUGGUUGAACCUGGAGUCGCAGAGCCCCAAGAGGAGGCCGAGCAGCUUGCGAAGGAAGUGAUGCCGAACCAGAUCGCCCGGGUCAAUGAAGAUAUUGAUGCUGGCGAUGUAGUGGCUACUGUUGACGAAUCAGAACCACCGGCUUCUGCGGACGAGGGUCCAGCUCCCGAAGAGCAUGUCGCUAGCGAACACGAGCCCGAGGUCGAAGAUGUACGUGAGCCAGCUGCUCCUGCCGCAGAGAUAUCGCACCAUGAACCCGACGAACCUGUUUCAUCUGACCACGAAGAUGUCCCCGCCAAUACGAAAGCGCCUAUUGGCACUGGCACUGAUAUCGAGGAUAUCGUUAGCAUGUUGGAGACUAAACCUGUGGCUGCGGCGAACGUCCUCCAUGAUGCACCGGAAAUACCUGAUAUCGAUGAUGACUAGUUACGGGGCGGACGAAGAGAACAUUCUGUGGCCUUGAAGGACACGCCCCUCGACAUAGAAUGUAAGAAGACUACUGAACAUUGUACAAAUUUAGCGCUCGAUACCUGUCCUUACUUUACCCGACCGCUGGUCACCUUUAUGUUGGAAAUAUCCUUUUCUCGUUAUCUUCACAGUCUCAGGACUCUCGCCGCAAUGUGAAUAUAACCUCAAUGGCUAGCGUAGUGCCUUUUACUCCAUCUUUCUUCGAUGUUCUGCUGACUCCUGACUCCACAAGUUCGCUCAAACUGCAUCUAUCCCAAUAUCUCAGACGUCCUUUUGCUAUCGAUUUCGAUUUGCCCAUCUAUCAGUGGUAUUACGGCUCCUAGUUUAGUUGUCCAGUCUCUGCUAUUGGUCUUGGUGUUCCACUCCGUUUCCUCUUCUUCUGGACUGUUCCGUUCGAUGAGAUGCUAAAAGCGUAUUCUC